AUGGCUGCCAACAUGCAGCACAUGGCUGGCGGAGGCCCCAUGAUACCCCAGCAGAUGCGAAAGCCCACUGCGGCCCAGUUGCAGCAGGCUGUGUACCAGAACAUUCAACAACACACCGCGCCGAUGAGCGGCAUGUCCUGGCAGUCAAGCUAUCCUGUCAACGAUCGAAUGGGCAAGGCGUUAGACCUAAUUACCAAUAUCGCUCUGGGCAUGGGGGGUAUCGACUACACCCGAGCAACCGAGUUUGGGUGCCAGUUUGAGCGAGAUGCAUUUCACAAGUCAAUCACAAAGGAGGCCUAUGAACAAGCCAUGUCCAGUAAAAUCAUGGACUUCUUUAAGAGACGACAGGCAAACGAGCCUAAUCUGCAAAACAGCAUCAACGCCAACGCCCAGGCCCAGGCCCAGGCGGCUCAUGCCCACGCCCAAGUGCAAGCGCAACAAGCGGCACAGGCACAGGCUCAGGCGAUGAUGUUCCACAUAGGGGGACGGGGUGCCGGACAGACGCCUCAGCAGGGAUUCCAGCAGAUGCAGCAUCCCAUGCAAACCCCCCAGAUGCCGCAGCAACCUCAACAACCUCAACCCCAAAUAUUUCAACAGCAGCAGGCCCAGAUGCCCAUGGCCAUGGCCAACCAGGCCGGCCGAGGCAUGGCGCCCAACCAACAGGCCAUGGGCAUGCCGGGCGGCCCCAACAGACCCAUGCUCUCCGUUGAGAUGGCGAGGCUGGGUCCUGCUGAUAGGACCAAGGUCAAUGAGCUUGCCACCAAGUUGAUGAAUCAAGCUACAGAGCAACAGAGGAACAGCACACGGCUGCACUUGCAGUCGAGGCUCAGCGCCCAGCAGCUUGCCGAAUUCCACACGCAGGCCAAGGACCCCCUUCUCUGGUGGUACCAGCAUCAAGCCUUCCAGGCUCUCAAACAGUCCUCGCUCAACAACCGCUUCCAGCAAAACAAUGCCGCCAACCAGAACAACCCGCAAGCUUCGCUGAUGCAGCAGCAACUCAGUCAGCAAUCGCUCCAACAACAGAGGCAGAACAUGAUGAAUGCCGACCAGCAGUCUGCCGCAGGCCAUAACUUUUCUCAGUUUAACCCCAACAUGGAAAGCAUCAAGGAUCAGCAGAUGACUGGGCUGAGAGCCCAGGAGGCGGGCCAGGUAGUCGUGCCACCUGGGAACCAGAACAUGCCCAGCCAGCAGAUGCAAAACCAGGCGCCCCUGGCCGCCCAACAGCAGCAGCAGCAGCAGCAGCAACAACAACGGCAGCAGCAGCAGGCCAAGCUCAACCAGGCUGCCCAGCAGUCCCAAGCUCUGCAAGCGCAGGCGCAGAUGAAGCUGCAGAACCAGCAACAAAUGGCGGCAAACAUGCCCACGUCGCAGAGCCCAGGCAUGAACACCCUGAACACUCCCGUGUCAAGACCUGGCGGGAUGAACCCCAUGGGACCGCAGGCCAUGGGCCCAACAGGCAUCCAAUUUGGCGACCAGCGAUUUCACCAGGGAAUCCAGAGGCCCAACAACGCCGCUUUCAACGCCAUGCUUGCCAACAUGACGCCGGAACAAAGGCAAGCCAUUAAUGGCCUUGCGCCCGACAAGCUGCAAGACAUCGUGCGUCGCUGGCAGAGCCAGCGCCAGGAGAUGGCGGCGAUGAAUGGGAACCAGAUGAUGCAGCCGCAGAUGGGCAACCGGCCUCAGAACCAGUUUGCCCCGAUGGGACAGAACAUGGCCGCCACGGGUCCUCAGGCCAUGCAGCAACCGAAUGCCGCCGGUCCAGGGAACCAGCAACAGCCGAUGCCGCCGGCGCGUAUGAAUCCCCCGAACCCCCAGCUCGCGUUCGUUAUGGACUCGAUGGAUCUGCCUCCCAACGUUGUGAACCAGAUCCCUGGCUUGCCUGUGGAGGUCAAGAAAUGGAGGGACUUGAAAACUUGGAUCGCCUCGAACAAUGGCAACCUCCAGCCCAACAUGCGCAGCCAACUGUCUGCCAUCCAGCAAAGGCAGUUCCAAAUCGCCAUGUCGAGGCGCAAUGGCACCGUGCCGCAACAACCCGGACAACCGGGAGUCAACAUGAAUCCCGCCAUGCCCAUGCAGAUGACUGCUAAUCAGCAGCCGGGAAUGCAGCGACCGAUGCCCCCCAUACCUCCGCAGCUGCUUCAGGUAUCGGCUCAGGAGAUGAUGCACGUUCGCAGUCAGAAGCCGGGACUGGUCAACGUCCCCGACGAGCAGCUCCGACAGAUGAUCCUCCAGAUGAAGAGGACCAACUGGCAGCAGCAGCAACAGCAUUUGCGCGCUCAACAAGCUCAAGCCCAGGCCCAAGUUCAGGCUCAAGCUCAGGCCCAGGCCCAGGCCCAAGCAAACCAGCAACAACCUGCUCCUAACCACAUGACUAUGCCGCAGGGUCCCAUGCAGAUUCAGCAACCUCAACCCAUCCUCACUACUCCCCAGACACAGGCGCAGCCGAUGCCAAACUCCAUGAGCCAAACUGCCCCGAUGCAGACGAACAACCAGAAGCAGCAGCCGCCGCCGAACGCAACGCCAAACCUGAAUCGCAACAACCAGCAGCCGCCGGCCAAGAACCUCAAGCGGCCCAACCCAGACGAUGCUGCUGAUACCGUCAGCGCAAAGGCUCCCACCCCCGUCUCUCGACCGGCACAGCCUCAACCCGCUCAGCAACAAAUGCAGAGAAUGGCCUCAAUGACCGGCCAGUUUGCGCCUCAGCAGGAUGCGAACAUGAAUUCGAGAUUCGGGCCGCUCAUGAAAAACCACGCCAAGGCCACGCCGCCAACCACAACGACGACACCAGCAGCGGCGGCGGCAACGGGAGCCGCACCACCAGCCGUGCCACCAGCUGUCAACGAAUCGCUGCUUCGUCUUAAGAUGAUUGGAGUGGAGGAGCAGAACCUUUUCAAACAAGAGCAAACGCAGGACAUUCCCAUGAGCCCUGAGGAGUAUGCAGAGACCGCGAGCAAGCUGAAGCGAAUCGUCUCAGACAUGGGCAAGGUUGGCCGUGGCCUGAGCAAAUGGUACGCCAUCACUCAAGAUGAUGCACGUGCCAGGAUGUUUUUCAGAACUCGUCUGCGCAUCAUCAAGCAACACUCUGAUGGCGAAGCGAUGGAGCAUAUGAAGGAUGUCUUUAGCAUCCGCUCCUCCGACCUGGACCAGGCUCGCGCCAUGCUCGAGAGCAUGGCCAAGGAUCUGGCAGCCAGCGUAAUAGGACGGCAAAUGAUGAAGCCUGGUGUGCAGGGGCCAGGUCAGCCUCAUGGUCCGGCGCAAGCGAAGCAACUAUCUCUGCAGCAGCAGCAGCAGCAACUUGCCCAGCAGCAGGCUCAGCAAGCUCAGCAGCAUGCACAGCAGAAGAGCCAGCCACCGCACCCGGCUCCUCUGAACGCAGCCAAUCUCGAGAAGAAUGCCCAGGCGUUGAAUAAGAUUAGCCAGCAGAAACAAGCGAGCAAGGCAGGCCAGGGUCCCCCUCCUGCGCCGACCACGACCCAGCCGCCCUUCCCAUUCGGAGCAACGUCGCCCCAUGGCAACCCGAGCUACAUGAGCAAGCCGAAGGACCUGAACUUGCAGCUGCCGCCCGCCCGCAAGAAGCAAAAGACGACUGGCGGCCAGCUUUCGGGUCCGCCGUCUCAGGGAGCUACCCCCUCGCCUCAGAUCACCAAGAAUGCCUCUCCGGACGUCCGACGGGCUCCGGCACCCCCGAAGCCUGUAUUCUCCUGCACGGAGCCCAACUGCGAUAUGUCGUACGUUGGCUUCCCCACCGAGCAGGCUCUUCAGCAUCACGUGCAGCAAGAGCACAUCAAGCCCAAGGAAGACCCGGUCAAGUACCUGAAGGAGAACCUUGCGCUGGCCUUGGGCUUGGAGGCUGACGGCAGCCCCAAGAAGGAGCAGAAGCCUGCGGAUGGCGCCCCGGCCAUGAGUGCCUCCACAUCCAAGCAGGGCCAAGCCCCUGGAAACGUUGCUCUCACCCCCAUGUCCCAGGAUGGCACAACCAUGAAGAGGUCGGCCAGCGCACUAAGCAAAGGCCAAGACGUCAAGGCUGGCGCCAAGCCGGAUGCAGCUGCAAAGCCCGGUGACGGCAAGCAGGCCAAGGACGCUGCGAAGCCAGACCCAUGGGCCAACGGGACCAUUGAUACGCACGUUCUACUCCAGAACCUUGGCUUUGAAGAUGGGCUGCCGACCGUCGCCAACGAGGGAAAGAAGUUCCUCAAGAUGUUUACGCCCAAGAGUACCCCGGACUCGUUGAAGGACGGCCUCAGCAGUGAGCCUAACAGCGACAUCUCUGAGAAUGCUGCCCUCGACAUUGAAAUGUACUGGCAGAGCCUGGACCGGGACUACCUCGCAGAGUUCCACGAGCUCAACAUGGACGGGAAACUCUCUGACGACGCGUUAGCCGCUCUUCAGCCUGCACUCCAGAUCAGGCGGCCCCCCACCCUUACGGGCUUGGACCUCAACCCGACCGAUUUCUCAAAACCGUUUGAAAUGGACACCACUUUCUUUCACCUCGGGUGGUGA